AUGAGACCCUCGGCCCUGUUGACCGUCCUCUCCUGCGCCGCCAUUGCGACUGCGGCCGCGACCGCCAACGAGACGGCCCCCGAGCCGGCCGUCCCCAACGUCGUCCAGUCCACCUGGGACGGGCGGUGCUUCUACCCGGCGCCGGACGCGGCCUUCGACCUCGAGGCCUAUCUCGGCCGCUGGUACCAGGUCGCCGGCACCCUCGCGCCCUUCACCGCCAGCUGCAAGUGCAUCUUUGCGCAGUACUCUCUGAAUGACAACGGCACCGUCAAGGUGAACAACACCUGCGAGGCCGGCGGCCGCGCCGUCAACAUCCUCGGCACCGCCGCGCCCGCCGACCCUUCGUACGGGGCCAAGGGCGUCCUCCGCGUCCAGUUCCCCGGCCAGCCCGGGCCCUCGUGCGCCGGUCCGAACUACAUCGUGCAGGACUACACCCCGGACUUUGCGCUCGUGCAGUCCAACAACUUCACCACGCUGUUCGUGCUCAGUCGCCAGCAGAACCCGGAGGAGGCCGUCCUUGACGCCUGGAUAGCCCGCGCCGGUCAGCUUGGCUCCAACCUCGACGACGUUGUCAAGACGGACCAGACGGGCUGCAAGUUCACCUGA